AUAACAAGAUGGCGUUCGACGGAGAAGACAUUAUUGUGGCGUAUUGACGUUCUGUUUCCAUCGCAAUCCGUACUUUACUAUAAUGUACAUUUGAAAGGGUUUUUUUUUGCAUCCGAAAAUAUUAGUCUGAGUGCUUUAAAGCUCCUCUAGCAAGCAAGCUUGCGAGUUAGCUUGUUAGCUGCUAACAAAGAGACGCGGACGUUAUCAACACAUCGCUAAGUAGAGAUCAAAUGUGAGUGUAAAGUGUUGUGAUUGUGUGAAAAUGUGCGAAAGGACGAUAGCAAAGUACGAGGAGGAACUUUGCCUUACAAAAGAGGAGAAGGAGCGACAACAUCAACUACUGGACGCUGUUUUCAAGAAACAUCAAGUUGUGUUACACAGAACAGAUGUCCAGCAGGCCCCCCACAUUAAAGAGGAAGAGGAGGAUCCACAGACCCCCCACAUUAAAGAGGAAAAGGAGGAAGUGUGGACCACUCAGGAGGGAGAGUGUCUUCUAGGGCAGGAGGAGGCUGAUCUCACCAAGUUUCCACUGACUGUUGUCUCUGUGAAGACUGAAGAGCAUGAAGACAAACCACCUGAGUCCUCACAGCUUCAUCACAGUCCAGAUGUCCAGAAGCUGAUUGGUUGUCAAGAAGAACCUCUCGCUCAGUCACUGGAGGGGAGCUUCACUUUGAAGCAGGAGGAUCCACAGCCCCUUGACAUUAAAGAGGAAGAGGAGGAACUCUGGAUCACUCAGGAGGAAGAGUGUCUUCUUGGGCAGGAGGAGGCUGAUCUCACCAAGUUUCCACUGACUGUUGUGACUGUGAAGAUAGAAGAGCAUGAAGACAAACCACCUGAGUCCUCACAGCUUCAUCACAGUCCAGGUGAGGAGAAGAGAGAGGCGGAGCUUCCAAGCAGCAGCUCAACUCAGCACUGUGGAGGAUCACAAGCAGAGAACCUCUCAGCUCCACUGUCAGAUAGUGACGACACAAUGUCACACGUCAAUGUAAAUAUAGAAUCACACAUGAGAACACACACUAAAAAAAAAACUUUGGAUUGUUCGGUUCCUGGUAGAACAUGCUCCGACGAGGAUGAUAUGCAGUCAGGCAUGAGAAAACACACAGGAGAAAAACCUUUCAGUUGUUCAGUGUGCGAUAAACUAUUCUCUAACAAAAGUAAUAUGCAAACACACAUGAGAACGCACACCGGAGAAAAACCUUUCAGUUGUUCAGUUUGCAGUAAAAGAUUCUCAAACAAACGAAAUAUGCAAACACACGUAAGAACGCAUACAGGAGAAAAACCUUUCAGUUGUUCAAUGUGUGGCAAAAGAUUCUCGAACAAAACUGAUAUGCAUACACACAUCAGAACACACACAGGAGAAACCCCUUAUAGUUGUUCUGUUUGUGCAAAAGGUUUUGUGAGAAGCUCUUACUUGACGCAGCACAUGCGGACACACACGGGAGAAAAACCUUUCAGUUGCUCAAGCUGUGGCAAAAAGUUCUCUCAAAGGGGAACGAUGCUGUCGCACAUGAAAACCCACACAGGAGAAAAACUUUUCAGUUGUUCGCUGUGUGAUAAAAGACUCUCCGACAAACGUAACAUGCAAACACACAUGCGGACACACACGGGAGAAAAACUUUUUAGUUGUUCAGUGUGUGAAAAAGGAUUCUCCGACAAACGCAAUAUGCAAACACACAUGCGGACGCACACUGGAGAAAAACCUUUCAGUUGCUCAAACUGUGGCAAGAAGUUCUCUCAAAGUGGAACGAUGCUGUCCCACAUGAGAACGCACACAGGAGAGAAACCCUUCAGUUGUUCAGUGUGUGAUAAAAGAUUCUCUGACAAGCGUAAUAUGCAAAGACAUAUAAGGACACACACGGGAGAAUAACUUUUUCAUUUUUCCUGCAGAGUCAUUACGUAAUAGUCCACUGUAGGGAUUCUUAAAUUCCACAUUCUGAUCCAGAUCCGGAGCACGAGGCACGUCAGCCUGGACCCAGUUAAGAUCCAGCCAGCCCACCAUAUAUUAUGAAUUACAAAACACUAUUCAGUGCUUUUAGGUAAGGGGUUAAAAAAUAAAUCAAUAAAUGGUUUGUAGCGUUAAAUGCAGUGUUUUAAAAUUUGAUUCACAGCCUUCUGUUAA